UAUGCAAUUUUCUUCGUUAUCAUUCGUCUCCCUCUGCCGUUCUCGCGGCUCCCUUUCGAAGCCCUACGACGUGUCUCUCUCUCUCUCUCUCUCUCUCUCUCUUCUCUCUCUCUCUCUCUCUCUCUCUCUCUCACAGACAGACAGACACACACACAGAGGCAAUCAGGACAUUACGAUUUAGGUUUGGGAGACGAAUACGGUAUUACUAGCAAAAAGGAGAAGAUUAGCCCGAUCUGACUUUUUUUAAAAAUCCAUCUUCAUUCAAUCUUGCAUUUCAGGAAAUGAGUUCUGGGACAUUGGGUGCUGCAAAAAUUUAUCACAGACUUCUCAAGGCUGUUAAGAAGCACAUUGGUCAUGAUGGAUGCAGAAGACAUUUCAGAGAUUUUGUAACUGAAGAAUUUCGGAAGAACAUUAACCUUUCUGAUCAAACUGCUAUUCAGUCCAAGUUGAAGCUUGCUCAUGAUUACACCUUUCUUCUUAAUAGUGUGCAUCAUCAUAAGGAACUGCUGUUCUCGUAUAAUAUUGCUGUUGAUCGAUCAGAUGAAAUGAAGAAGGUUCUGAAUAAAUCAGCUGCUAGUGUUGGCCUUCGGCUUCCUGAUGUUUAUCAGCCUUGACAAUUGGUUCUGCCCAUAUUGCUUCUAAAUCAAUACAGUUGCAGUUUGGACGGAAGGGUGGACAUAUAUCUAUAACUUGUUUACUUUUUUCCAUUGGCCCAGCUGCUCUUGUACUGGUCUUUCUAUGUCAUAGACUCAUAAUAACACGUUUCGUUGGCAUCGUUGCUGUAUUGUUUGAAAUCCGGCAUGUAUUGUUUAACAGAUCUUGUCAGUUUUUAUUUAAGAAUCGCAAAUUUUGUGU